GCCAGGCGGGGGCACCCCCUUGGUGGGGCAGGGAGAGAGCCAGCCGCGAAUGAUGAGGAGGAGGGGCACUCCUGGGCGGAGGCGCCUGGCGCACGGGCGACCGACAGAUGCGGAGAGAGGGAAUUGCCCUGGACGGAGACGCCCGACGUGCGCCAAGGGGAGGGAGAGAUGGCGGGAGAGGGACCCCGGAAUGACACGCCAACCGUGCACCAAGGGGACGGAGAGAUGGCGGGAGAGGGAGAGAGGCCUCAGAUGGAGACGCCCGACAGGGGCCAAGGGGACAGAGCCGGAGAGAUGGCGGUGGAGGGAGAGACGGAGGGGACGCAGAAUGACGCGCCAACUGAGCGCCAAGUGGGUGGAGAGCCGGCGCCAAAGGGAGGCCGCGAGGGGGCACGGGCUGGCAGGCAGCGCCGGGGGGCGGCGGCGGCGGGUGCCCAGCCCCACCCCUGCCCCCAGUGCUCCCAGAGCUUCGCCCGGGCGGGCUGCCUGCGGGCGCACCGGGCCCGGUGCCACGGGAGCGGCGCCCCCUGCCGCUGCCCGCACUGCGGCCAGGCCUGCGCCAGCCCGGCCAAGCUGCGGGUGCACGAGCGGCGGCACACCGGCGAGCGGCCCUACUCCUGCCCGGACUGCGGCAAGGCCUUCGCCGACCCGGCGGUGUGCCGCAAGCACCGGCGGGGCCACGCCGGGCACCGCCCCCACCAGUGCCCGGAGUGCGGCAAGGCCUACGUGGAGCUGAAGGACCUGCGCAACCACCGGCGCCGGCACACGGGCGAGCGGCCCUUCCGGUGCCUGGAGUGUGGCAAGGCCUUCGCCCGGGCCUCCUCGCUGACCUGCCACCAGCAUAUCCACGCGGCCGAGAAGCCGCACCGGUGCCCGGAGUGCGGCAAGGGCUUCACCCAACGCUCCUCGUGGAGCAACCACCGACGCACCCACUCGGGCGAGCGGCCCUACCUGUGCCCGGCCUGCGGGCGCCUCUUUGCCGACCCCUCCUCCUUCCGGCGGCACCAGCGGGGCCACGCCGGCCUGCGCCCGCACCCCUGCGACCGCUGCCCCAAGCGCUUCCGCCAGCCGGCCGACCUGGCGCUUCACCGGCGCACCCACACCGGCGAGCGGCCGCACCGGUGCCCGGACUGCGGCAAGGCCUUCGCCGCCUCCUGGGACUUGAAGCGGCACCGGCUGGCGCACACCGGGGAGCGGCCGCACCGCUGCGGGGAGUGCGGUCGGGCCUUCGCCGAGCGGGCGGCCCUCACCAAGCACGGGCGCACGCACACCGGCGAGCGGCCCUACCCCUGCGCCCGCUGCGGCAAGGCCUUCGUGGUCAGCAGCAGCCUGCGCAAGCACGAGCGGGCCCACGCCGAGGCGCGGUGCCCGCUCUGCCCCGAGGUGCUGGAGGGCCGGGCCGCCCUGCGCCGCCACCUGCGGGCCGCCCACCCGCCCGCCCCGCAGCCCCCG